AUGCAGCGGGUGGGCAGGCACGGCCGGCAGCCCCCCGAGGGCGGCCCCAUGGAGAACGGCAUGGGGCAGGAGCCGGGGACCCCCGAGCCGGCCGGCCCCGCAGCCCCCCGGGCUGCCCGCGCCCGCCCCAGGCUGGUGUUCCACACGCAGCUGGCCCACGGCAGCCCCACGGGGCGCAUCGAGGGCUUCACCAACGUCAAGGAGCUCUACGCCAAAAUCGCCGAGGUCUUCGACAUCUCGCCUACUGAGGUGAGGGGCUGCAGCCUGGGGAGGGGUCUUCAUGCUCCAGGUGGGGACAUCCACCCUGUGGCACUAUGUGGCCUGUGGGGGCAGAUCCUCUUCUGCACGCUCAACACGCACAAAGUGGACAUGCAGAAGCUGCUGGGGGGACAGAUUGGCCUGGAGGAUUUCAUCUUCGCCCAUGUCCGGGGCGAGACCAAGGAGGUGGAGGUGACCAAGACAGAGGACGCGCUCGGCCUCACCAUCACAGACAACGGGGCUGGCUAUGCCUUCAUCAAGAGGAUCAAGGAGGGGAGCAUCAUCAACCGGCUGCAGACAGUGUGUGUGGGGGACAGCAUCGAGGCCAUCAAUGACCACACCAUCGUGGGCUGCCGACACUACGAGGUGGCCCGGAUGCUGCGGGAGCUGCCGCGGGCUCAGCCCUUCACCCUCCGCCUGGUCCAGCCCAAAAAGGCCUUUGACAUGAUCGGACAGCGGACACGGACGGGCAAGUCCCCAGACGAAGGCAGAGUGGCCAGUGGGAAAGAAACGCUGAGGCUGCGGACACAGGGUCCGGCCGUGCUGGAGGAGGGGCCCAGUCCCUCUGAGGAAGAAGCUGCCCGGCGGGUGGACGAUCUGCUGGAGAGUUACAUGGGCAUCCGUGACAGCGAGCUGGGUGAGGAGGGGCCCUGGACCCUGACCCCGAGCUACCCCUACCACUCACCUGCCCCUGUCCUGACCCCCCCAACAGCCUCGACGAUGGUGGAGGCGGCCAAGGGCAGCCCCAGUGUGGCCCAGCUUGCCCAAGGGCUGGACUCGGUGCUGGGCGAGUUUGCCUUCCCCCAGGAGCUGGUGGCUGAGUUGUGGGCAGCUGUCUGCCACCCCAAGGGAGAUAAGGAAUAG